CGUGAUUUACCCGCAAUAUAGUUUAGUAACCGUGGACAAGGCCAUUGGGUUCUGUGUUCCAUCGAGGAGUAGCAUGUUGGUCCUCAGAAUAUCUACCGUUUUGGCAUGUGUCGUGGUGAUCUCCGGCUAUGCCGGAUACAGGGAUACGAUCCCAAAUGGCUACAACCUGACCCACCCUUGUGUAACGGGGGAGCUGUGGCCGGGGGUGGGGCAUGUGAACCCCGCGGGUGGCGGUGAAAGAAAUCAGUUCGGUAUUGAUUUUGCAAACCAAGGCAGAAAUUGGGCGAAUGUGUGUAACAUGGACUCGGAUGGUGAUGGGAUGACCAAUGGUCAAGAACUGGGUGACCCCCAGUGCAUCUGGACAUCUGGAGCCACGCCCACACGGACCACUGGACUCACACACCCAGGCUAUUGUACUCCCUCAUCCACCCAGACGUGUGCCGGCCUUGCCACGCCUUCAUGUGAAAGUACAGAGUUUGACUGUCCAUCAAUUGCAGAAUCAGGGGUUCGAAGUCGGGAUUUGAGGUUUCCGAGAACACAGGUGCCUAGUACGGAGACAAAUUAUUUCUGCAUGACUUUCGACUUGGACCAAUCAGAGGAUUUCCACAUGAUCGCCACCAAACCGGACAUUGACAACGUGGACGUGAUGCACCAUAUUCUCCUUUACGGUUGUGGUGAUGGUGCUGCUGAAAUACCGAAUCCCCGGUCGUGUGGCAUGGCUACUGAGGACUGCAAUGAACUAAUUGGUUUGUGGACGGUUGGUAUGAAUGGACAGUGCCUGAAUACCGCAGCUGGCUUCAAACUUGGCAGAACAGGCAUCAAGAGAGUCCUUCUCGAGUACCACUGGAACAACCCAGAAGAACGAUCCGACUUCACAGACGGUACCGGCUUCACCAUCUACUACACCCCUAACCUCCGCCAGUACGACGCCGGGGUCUUUUGGACAGGGCAGAUGCACCUGGACAUCCCACCUGGUCAAAGCAGGGCUGUGUACGAAUCCACCUGCCCUUCAGAAUGCACAAAUAAGUUCAGCGACAAGAUUUACAUAACCCAGGGACUGAACCACAUGCACUACAAAGGUAUUGCACAGAUGGUGGAGCACUUCAGUAAUGGAGAAAGGAAGUAUCUCACCAAUGACCAAGAGUACAGCUACGACAGUCCCCAAGUCUAUGAGUACAAUCCUCCAGUAACCGUCAAUCCAGGCGACAGUCUGAAGACUACGUGUGUCUACCAGACCCUCAAAGAGACAAAGACUACAACGUAUGGGGAAGCGACAAGCGAUGAGAUGUGCUUUAGUUUUUUCACCUUCUACCCAAAGCAGUCAGUGGGAAAUCCUUUCUGCGUGGGUUGGAAGAAAAUCCAGCAAUGUGCAGCACAGGGGGGAAGACUAUUUGGCUGCGACUAUAGAGCCUUCAGGAACAUCUCGAAUCCUGAAACUGCAAUGGUGGUGGACAAGGUAUUGGCAAACUGCAAUCCCUACGGUGGAUGUCGCUAUGAGUGUCCUGCAGCUAUUGCUGAGGCGGAGAGCCAUCCUUGUCUUGCCAACGCCGACGUCAAGGACUGGUCUUUGACUCGAAUGUCGCAUUUGGACAGCAAAUCCCUCAAGUUUGUUGCUGCAAUGCAGUCUUGUUCGUGUGAGAAUGGAAACUGGAUGACGACUCAUAGUUACCCAUACAGUAGUGCUGGAACACAGGCAGCUGUGUCUCUUGUGACAACUGUUUUGAGUGCAGUGCUUUAUGCUGUGCUGGCGUAGAAAAUCUCUGUGGCCACAUUUUACACCUGCUUCUAUUUAUACAAACAUAGAAAUUAUUCUACGAGCGUGUGUGUCAUACUGAUUACAAGAAACGAGGGUGAUAAUUUUUGUUUUUCCCAAACAAGACCGAGGGUAGUGCAAUCAUUCUGAUACGAGCUUCCUAACGUCAGUACGAAACUCAUGCGAGUGUAGUUAUUCUUUUAUUUCCCAUUAUUUCGUCAUUCUUUUCAACUCCUCUUUGGAAAAUGCACUGAUACUGUCAACGGAAACCAUAAAUGUCGAAAGACAUCAACAUUGUUCAGAUGGGUCUUUUCUAGUGUGGGGCGGUGGUUAGGCUAGUGGUUAAAACGUUCGCUCGUCACGACGAACACCCGGGUUCGAUUCCCCAAAUGGGUACAAUGCAUGAAGCCAAUUUCUGGUGUUCCCCGCCGUGAUAUUGCUGGAAUAUUGCUAAAAGCGGCGUAAAACUGAACUCACUCACUUUUCUUGUGUGAUGUCAUUUCUACAUUGCAAUGACAUGAAUCCCGGUCACAUUACACUUGUGCGCAGUGACUUUUGCUGUAGUGCACAUACGUCUGUUAUGAACCCGGUUGUUUCUGACCCAAUGUGUAAUAAAUAUCCUUAAGACUU